UAUGGAAAAAUUAGAAACUAUAAUGAAGUUAAUAUCCUUUUAUCAGUCUAAUACUUACAAAGAAUUAGUUUUUUAUGAAAAACUCAAUGAAAAAUUAUCAGAUUAUCAAAUCUUGAUCAUAAUAUGGAAUGUAAUAGCCAAAGCAUAUGAGGAGAAGGAGAAGGAUGUGGAUGAACUUUCAAGAACUUUAAGUAGUGAUAUUAUUGAGAAUAUUACAGUAAUAAUUGAAUUCUUAACUAUUAAACAAAUAAUUAAUCUUAAUAAUCAUCUUAUUAUUAAUAGUUUAGGAAGAAUUCCAGAAGAAGAUAUAGAUGUUUUAGAUGAUGAUCAAACUUCUAUAGAUUUUGAUUAUGUCACAAGAGUUUCAGCUAUGCCAAAAGAGUUUUGGCUAUGUCAAAGAGUUUUGGCUAUGCCAAAAAGAUUUCGGCUAUGUCAAAAGAGUUUUGGCUAUGCCAAAGAGUUGCAGAUAUGUCAAAAGAUUUUGAUAAUAGUAAAUACUAUUUAUAUAUGA